GCUGAUGCCAUCUAUGACAUGAUUGGCUUCCCCGAGUUCAUUUUUGACAACAAGGAGCUGGAUGAUGUCUACGAUGGGUAUGAGGUCUCGGAAGACUCUUUCUUUCAGAAUAUGUUGAAUUUCUACAACUUCUCGGCCAGGUUUAUGGCAGACCAACUGAGGAAGCCUCCCAACCGGGACCAGUGGAGCAUGACCCCCCAGACCGUCAACGCUUAUUACCUGCCUACCAAGAACGGCAUCGUCUUUCCUGCAGGCAUCCUCCAGGCUCCGUUCUACGCCCACAACCAUCCCAAGGCCCUCAACUUCGGAGGCAUCGGCGUUGUGAUGGGGCACGAGCUCACCCAUGCUUUCGAUGAUCAAGGCCGAGAGUACGACAGAGAAGGGAACCUGCGUCCUUGGUGGCAAAACUCAUCCCUUGAGGCCUUCAAGAACAGGACGGAGUGCAUGGAGGAACAAUACAGCAAAUACCUUGUCAACGGAGAGCACGUCAACGGCAAACAGACUUUGGGAGAGAACAUUGCUGACCACGGGGGCCUGAAAGCCGCUUACAACGCUUACAAAGCUUGGCUGAAGAAGAAUGGGGAGGAAAAACACCUGCCCUCCGUGGAUCUUACGAGUCACCAACUCUUCUUUUUAGGAUUCGCACAGGUGUGGUGUUCGGUGAGGACCCCAGAGAGCUCGCACGAGGGCCUGAUGACGGACCCCCACAGCCCUGACAAGUUCCGGGUCAUCGGCACUCUCAGCAACUCCCGGGACUUUUUAGAGCACUUUGAAUGCCCGAUAGGCUCUUUCAUGAACCCUGGGAAAUAUUGUGAGGUAUGGUAGGGAAAGAAGGAAGGAAGAUAGGUGGAAGUGAGGAAGGGAGGGACAGAGGAAGGAAGGAAGGAAGGAAGGAAGGAAGGAAGGAAGGAAGGAAGGAAGGAAGGAAAUUGCAUCUCUGGCACUUCCUGUACAUACAUCCGUCCAGCUGUCCACCUGCAGAGUCCUGCUGAAUUUGAAGCCCUUGGCAAUCCUGCCUGGACAUCUUCAGUUGGUACGAAUUCUUCUCCUUGAGCACCAAGACAAAGAGAAGCAGAGCCUCUUGCCUUCCUUCCAAGACUACUUCCCUUAAGUCGGGAAGAAGCAAAGGACCCCCAUCCUUCUCUUAACUAAGCCCUUCCUCCGGAGGAUCCGCAGAGAAUCUCCCAACUCAACCUCUUUGACUUUUCUUCCCCCUCUCCAGCUAACUCAGAGGGCCUUGCCAAACCUUUGCAGUGCCCUGGCGCCAUUCUUUCUUCUGCUUCUCUAGAUCAGCAUUGCAGCUUUGUCUGUUGAAGGGGGGGGGGAAGUGUAGGGGGAGAUGGGUCUAGGAACCACAUCAAGGAGGAUGCCUUUGCUCAUUGGAUCUUCAGGUUGGAAGGCGUCUCUCUCUGGAUUUGGGGGACAGUAGGGGGAGAUUCCAACUACAGCUUCCUACCCUGUUUCCCUGGAAAUAAGACCUCCUCAGAUAAUAAGACCAAUUGGGCUUUUGAGUGCAUGCGCUAA